GACUUUUCUAUCAGUUUUUUUCCACCUCUAUUUCGCUCGACGCCAUUUUUCUGGUAGUAUUUAGUUGUCUUAAACGAAAAUCAAGUGUAAAUUUUAACGGAGCAGAUUAUAAUGUCGCAACGGUUUGCUCCUGGUCAGCCGGGAUCCGCUCCUGUUCCUGGCCAACCUCGGUAUCAGCCGCCGCCUCCUCAAACGUCUGGUAUGCGUCCGUAUGCAACUGGAGGAAGUUUUCCACAACGUGGAUUUCCAAUACAUCAAAAUCCUCCUCAACCCGGUCCAGGCAAUGCGAAUUCACCCGGUGGACAACCACUUCAUCCACGGACAUCUCAACCGGGUUUUCAAAGUGGAUUGCGGGGAAGUGGUUCGGGUGGGGGGAACAAACGCUCAAAUGAAACUCGUAAUAUUAACAGCAACCAAAAUAAAGCAGAUUUCGUGUCGGCAAAGAAAAAGAAAAAACUUGCAGAUAAAAUAUUGCCUCAAAAAGUAAGAGAUUUAGUUCCAGAGUCUCAGGCAUACAUGGAUUUAUUAACAUUUGAGAGGAAGUUAGAUGCCACUAUCAUGAGGAAACGUCUUGAUAUUCAGGAAGCAUUAAAGAGACCAAUGAAACAAAAGCGAAAGUUACGCAUCUUUAUAUCGAAUACAUUUUACCCUUGCAAAGAACCAAGCAACGACGGAGACGAAGGUUCUGUUGCUUCAUGGGAGUUGCGGGUUGAAGGUCGCCUAUUGGAGGAUGGCAAAGGUGAUCCUACCACUAAAAUAAAAAGGAAAUUUUCUUCCUUUUUCAAAUCUUUAGUAAUUGAAUUGGAUAAAGAGUUGUAUGGUCCUGAUAAUCACUUAGUCGAAUGGCAUCGUACACACACUACCCAGGAAACUGAUGGCUUCCAAGUGAAACGUCCAGGCGACAGAAACGUCCGAUGCACAAUUUUACUUCUACUAGAUUACCAACCAUUACAAUUCAAGUUGGAUCCAAGAUUGGCUCGUCUUCUUGGUGUUCAUACUCAGACUCGGCCAGUAAUAAUUUCAGCAUUAUGGCAGUAUAUUAAAACACACAAAUUACAAGAUGCACAUGAAAGGGAAUAUAUAAAUUGUGACAAAUACUUAGAGCAAAUAUUUGGAUGCCAACGUAUGAAAUUCGCUGAAAUACCCCAGCGUCUUAAUCCCUUGCUACAUCCUCCUGAUCCAAUCGUUAUUAAUCAUUUUAUUGAAAGCGGCGCGGAAAAUAAGCAAACAGCAUGUUAUGAUAUAGACGUUGAAGUUGAUGAUACACUCAAAAAUCAGAUGAAUAACUUUUUAAUGAGCACAGCUAGCCAACAAGAAAUCCAAGGGUUAGACACGAAAAUUCAUGAGACCGUAGACACCAUAAAUCAGAUGAAAACUAAUCGUGAGUUCUUUUUGAGUUUUGCCAAAGAUCCACAAAAAUUUAUACAUCGUUGGAUAGUUAGCCAGACAAGAGAUUUGAAGGCUAUGACGGAUGUUGUUGGCAACCCAGAAGAAGAACGUCGCGCAGAAUUUUAUUAUCAACCAUGGACACAUGAAGCUGUGUCCCGUUAUUUCUUUACUAAAGUUAAUCAAAAGCGUGCUGAAUUAGAACAAGCCUUGGGUAUACGUAAUGGCUAAUAUGUUCGUGUACAACUUAAACACGUCUUUUCCUGAUUUGGGCUUAAAAAGUUUUUAUUCAGAUAUUUACUUAAAUAUACAAAAAAUAAAGAAUAAUCCCAUACAUUUUGUGCUCAGAUUACGAAA